AUGGAUCUGGAAAGAAAAAUUAAUCAAAGUGCAAAUGGCUCACCAAUAGUAGAAAAUAGCGGCAAGAGAACCAGAGACAUAGCUGGGUUUAACGAUGAAUUAACUAAGGCAAUGAGCAAUGAGCAGCCUGUAAACAUCAAUUCAAGAAGAACUAUGAUCAAGAAAGCAAAAAAUACAUUAUUUGUAGAUGUGAAAUAUAAUUAUUCUUCCGACGAGGAAAAACAAGUACCUAAAAAAUCGUGUAGAAUAACGCAAAAUCAUAAACUAUCAACGAAUUUUAUUUCGGACAAAGUGUCUGAUAAACUUGCUAUUACAGAAUUAUUAUCAACAACUACUAUUACUGUGGCUGCUUUACUUCAACAACAACGCCAACCACUUAAAUUCGGAUUUUCAAUAAAUACAAUUCCUAAUUACGCGAGGGCAACCGGUAAUUUAUUCGGUCCUAUUCUACCACUUGUUUGCGUCCGACGGUCUAAUUCCUCAACCAAUAGCUCUUUCGACACUAGGCCGUGA